UCUAGUUCUUUUUAAUUUUCCCGUAGGCAGGAAAUUUAGAAGAGGUGUUGUUCGUUUCUCUGACACAAAACGACGUAAUGUAGUAGAUCGGAAAUUUGUGUCGUCCAUAGUAAAUGGUAGGUGGUUGUGUCGUUUCGAAGUCACGGUAUUACCAUUUCCAAGGUCUUGUGAAAAUAUCGCAGUUAUGGGGCUAUUAAUUGCGCGAAAAUAUUCGACGUAUCGUAAAGAUGGAGUGAGUAAAUAAUUAAUCGAUACACGUAUUGUCCUUUUUAAAGAAGCUAGUGUUAUUGUUUAUGUUUCGAUUGUGAAAUUUAAACAACGCAAUAUGUCAGUAGAAGAACGUGCAGGUCGGUCUCCUAGGAAACGAUUUCAUUCCGGUCGAUAGAUUUUUGAACGGAGCAACAACGAUUUUUGGAUAAUUUUAUUGACAAUAUUUCAACGUAAUGCCUGGAAGUGUGAUUUAGUUGAAGAAACAAGAAAAACCGAAAGGAAGAACAGGUGUUUGGCUGUUGUCAUCGAACAGAACACAAACGAAAAUAAACAUUUGCAAAAACGUAAUAUGGGCUCCACGAGACAGCAAGAUAGAUUACUCAGCGGUGGAAUAUCUUUGCCGCAAUGGAUGAAAGGAAGAGCUGACAACAGAUUCGAUUUCGACGAGAGUACAUUUAGCCCGCCAUCUCACGACGAUAGCUUUUUCUACAUACGGUAUCCAAAGACACAGAAUCGGUUGGGUGGUUCGGAAGAAUCUCGAUCGAUCGACGAGGUUCUCGCCGGACAAGCCGUCGCUUCAUCGACGGCUCCUGUAACCGCAGAGAAAGAUACACUUGUUGCCGAACCGAAGAAGAGUCAAGAAAUCGAUUUUAGCAAGCAUCCUAUAGCGUGUCAACCAUUUGUACCAUCUUCGACAACGAAUAAAGACAGCGAGAUCAGGUAUGCGAAGAGUUUGUUGACUGAAAACGUCAAAGCAAAGUCCCAGGGUAUAGACGAUGGAUUUCACGGCGAACCAGCCCUCUGUGGAAAAUCGAUCGUUCUUGUAGCCAGUCAGAUGAUGUCUAAUAAAUUUCAUGAAACAUUCACGGCCGAACCGGCCGGAAGUGAACUGAAGAGAGUGAGCAAAUCGUUGCCGGUUACACCGAUUGCUUCUCCUGCUCAGAGUCCCAACAGUUCGCCGAAGGCCCGUCGUCGCAUAUCAUCCAAUCGAUAUUUCACCGCUUCCUUCCUUCUCGAUCGGGAGAAGUAUCAAGGGGGUUCGAUCUUGGCUUCGAUAUUAGGACAAUCCAGAGAGAUUGUUACUGCCAAGAUCGAGGAAGAGGAUGAGACGAACAUGGAAAUUCCUAUGCCGUCGUCCAGAGCGCUCAGUCGAAAACGAUCUAUAUCCUCGCAGAAUCUGACCUACGUUGGAACCGAUGAGAAAUCAGCCGACAAAGCAACGAUUUCUACCAACGCGAUGCGAGCAAAACCAUCAGAAUUAAGAGAAAUGAAUUUCUGGUCACCGACCUCGAUGUAAUACGCUAUGCUAUCUUGUCUUUUACGCUAUCACUGAUACGUUUAUUCAUUUCUGCUUGAAAUUUGUUCGUCUAAUAAUAAAGAACAAAUUAAUAAUAAUAAAUAAUAAUAACAAUAAUGAUAAUUAUAACGUUGUAUCGCAACAACAAUGAAUAAUAAUAAUAGUAAUAAUAAGAUUACAUAGUUGUUUUACAGUUGUGUAAAAUAAUAGUUCAAUAGAUAUUUGUUCGUAGUUCUACCGGGUGAUCCUCUCGCUAGGGGACACAAAGGAACUGGCGACAAUGAAUCCCUUGACCGCACCAUGAAGACACACAGAGUCGUCUCGGUCCGGAUAGGUCCCCGCUGGCACGUGACAAUACGGACCUCCUUAUGGUGUGGUGAAGGGAUCCAUUGUCGUCAGUGUUCCUUUGUGUCCCCUAGCGAGAGGAUCACCCUGUAUAGGUUUAUCACGUUUCUGUCAAACAACUGUCACGUUCCUGCGUGUCUAGCCGUACGGGUUGUCCUCGUUAGCGCGCGCUUGUACGAACGCAAGACCCGUACUUUCUUUGGUUCACGGUAGUUAACCAGUUAAUACUUAACAGCAAUAUACAUUCGAUUAGGUAAUGCAUAUUUGAUUAUAUUAGUUCAAUUAUUUAAAAACAGCCAUGCUUACGAGAAAGAGAGAUAAGGAGUGGCGAUUUUGAUCGCUGUAGCAAUAACCAAUUGCAUUGUUGCCGAAUAGAACGAUCUGUUUAACGUAUCAGAGAAUAAAACUAAUCUGUUUUUUAGUUAAAGACGGAAGCUAAAAGUUACCUGCUACAAGAAGUACAUAGUUCAUCACUUUUAGUCAACUAUUAUUUCGUUUCACUUAUUUCUAGCUGGAGUAACGAACAAAAGUAAUAAGAAACAACUCUAUAUACCAUAUCAUGUAUGAUAUAAAUAUGUAAGGAAGCAUUUCGAAGAAUGUUGUUCGAGAUGUUUACCAUGCAGGCGAAAGUAUUGUUAAUAAUAUAGUAACGCGGACAUUUUGGGAACAUCGAUAUAGCGAUGGUGAUAAUGACCGUGUAACGGUGGUUGUAAGCCGGGUGAUUAACAAUUAGUAUCUGUUGGAGCAUUGCCGGUGGCCGUGUUAGUUGUUUGAUCGUUAAAAAAAGCAACAUCGACUGUCUCGUGGUAACGAAAAAUAGGGAAAUUAUUAUUCGGAGACCUCGAUAUACCCUUGCGCGACAUUCCUACACAGCUGGAUCAUGAAACUGAAAAGGAGAAAGUUGUAACACGAUUAUAAGGACGGCUAAUUUAAAUACAUCUUAUUGUUAGUGAAAACAAUUCAAUCUACGACAGGCUGUCGAUCAGCUACAAAAUGCUCCAAGCUAUGAACAGUAGAAACUUUCGAUUCACAUAUUGUAUGGUAUUUUAUAGAAAGAUAAUAAAUAAAAGCGAUCUUCUACGCAAAA